AUGGUUCUUAAGCCUAUCGAUGUUUUACUUUUUGUGUUGGUGCUUUGUGUAGUUGAGUAUGUUUGUGGUGAUCAAAAUCUUGUUGAAGCGGAGAAAAAUCUCAGUGGAUACCCUGAGGUUAAUAGUGAAAAUGGUUGUGUUUCCAAAACAGACAUAUCAUGUGGAGUUAUUAAAGAUAUAGAUGAAGAAGGGCAUCAAGUGGUUAAUCUUACAGGAGGACUAGAUGAUGAUAUUAGAGAAGGGCUCAAGGAUUAUGUAAAAGAAUCGCAAGCGCAAGAUGUUGCAUCAGCACCCGGUGAAAUUGUAACCCUAUUUUUUAGAGGAUUUUUUCAAUUUUUGCUAAAUGCCAUUCGUGAUAUUUAUUCGGGCACCCCAGCUGGAGGAGCGGCUGAGGGAAAUAUUAGUCAAGGAGGAACAAAUGGUGGUGGUGGUAGUAUGCCUGGAGGUAAUGGAAAAUGA